AUGCUUGGUCUGCUUUCCAUUGAUGAAUGCUUGCAGACCGAUGGUCUGUAUCCCGGCGUCUUUGCACCUCUUGAGGUCAUUUCUCCGCAUAUCUUUCAAUUGUGGAAGACACGACAAACUGACAAGCAAAUUGUUCAGAACCUAUGGAAUCAUUAUGAUACCUCACACUAUGGACUUGGACUCAUGAAAUUUGUACAGAUACAAGUUGGAAUGGGCCUUCUGCACACAUGGCAACAGUCUCAUACUGUCGAAAGUAUUGGCGACGCUAUGAUAGAUCUUCAAGAGAUUUAUCCCAAUGCAGGGGCCCAGGAGAUGGUCAGUUUGCUCUUUCAUGAGCGAGCCAUGAGUGUUUCAAGAAACAUAGUAAUGGCAUACUUCACUAAAUAUGAGGUCGACCUUGUUCGCCAGUGCAAGGCUUGUAGGCUCUGGAGAAAAUGGUUCUGGGCAGCAGGUGUUAAUGACUUGUUUGCUGUCAAUCAGCACAACAAGUGGCUUAGGUUUGGGCUUGCAUUACACACUGGCAUCGAGCUGUUCUCUGGGUGCAUCAUGUGGAUGCAAGAGCUUGGUCACAUGCCUAUGGUUACUCAGAGUGACCCAGGAUCAGAGAACUUCAGUAUCACCAAUGCUCACACCAUGCUCCAUCAGUGGCAUGAUCCAACACUGCAAGGUACCCUACAACAUUGCUGGAUGUGA